UUAUUACUAACAAGUUGUGAUGUCACUCAGGUAAAAGUGCUGCUGGUCCUGUUUGGUGUGUGACAAUCGGAACAGUGACUUCAUGCCAGAAACACACACUCGCAGCCAGACAUUAAGACACAAAGAAGGAAAGACAGAGACAUUAAAGUCAUCGUACAUUGGAUUUGUGCAGAUCUUUACUGAGGAGCUCGGAAAUUUAUAGAAAAACACACAGGCCGGAGCGAUGGAGCAGGACGAACAGAAGGAGAAAACUGGAGAGAAAACAGAGAGCAUGACGGAGGAGAGCUUCCUCAAAGACCUCUACUUCUUUAUGAAGCAGAGAGACACGCCGAUAGAGAGAAUCCCUCACCUCGGCUUCAAACAGAUUAAUCUGUACCUGAUGUUUAAAGCGGUGAUGGAAUUGGGAGGAUAUCACCAGGUGACUGCACAGCAGCUCUGGAAAAAAGUGUACAACAUUCUAGGAGGAAACCCUCGCAGUACCAGCGCAGCUACCUGCACACGCCGACACUACGAAAAACUCCUUCUUCCCUAUGAGUAUCACUUAGCCGGUUACGGAGACGAGAUUCCCAUCACACUUCCUCGACAGCGCAAACGCUUCCACUCGGAUGAUGAGUACAACCAGGGCCCCAAACGUGCAGACUUCACACACUUACACCAGUUUAAUCAGUACCUCCCACCUGGUCCCAUAUCUCUACCAAGCUACUUGGCCAUGUCUCUGCCCUCCGUCCCGUCCCUCAGCUCUCCGCUUCACAGUCGGCCCAUGAUGCCCUACAUCCCUCCUUCGCCAGCGGAGACGGGAAGUGUUAAACAAUCACUGGAGUACCUGCGUCACCUCGCUCAGGAGUACAAAUCAUCCUCAGGAUGGACGGAGCCUCUGAACCUCAGCAAGAAACAGAGCAGGCUGGAGACAUCCAGCAACAUGCCAUCAUCUUUCACGUCCCCCGCCGCUAAAAAGAAGGAACCCAAGUUUUUAAACGAAGCCCCACCACUUCAACAAGGCAAUCAGUCAGGAAUCAGUGAAGCUCCACCUCCUGUACAAGCAGUCAUAAAUCAGACGAAUAGGGAUGAAUCACAUGUGAUGAACCUCACCUCAUCUUCUUGCUCCAGCAGUCCAAACUUGUGGAAAACGGCUCCAAGUUCCACUUCUCCUCCUCCUCAUCCUUCUCACCCUUCUCACAGGGCAAAUUACCCCAGCACAGUCCAAACCAAACCCACAACACAACAACGUCUACAAGUACCAGUGUCCAAACCAAGCUCCACUACCACAGCUCAGCUGAGCCCAGGACUCAUAAGCCCCACUCUUCCACUGGACCCAUAUGCAGGAAUGGAGAUCCAAAUCCCAUUGUCUUUGCUUCAGAAUUUGAUCAAGGAAGGUCUCAUUUUAAACACAGCAUCUAAUCAACAUAAUCUACCAAGACCCAAGCCCAACGAAACUCCAUCAUUGCCUAAAAGAAUGACCUCAGAAACUAACGCUGAUCAACCUGCAGAUCUGAGCCUGAAGAACCAAGUAAGAAACAUCAAAAAGUGUGACAUCAGUAUGAAUGCUAGCAAGAGUGCUAGUGAAAGACAGGCACCCGAGAGCAAACAGUUUGCUGUGAAGCCCUUGCAAACACCUGAACCGGCCAAGUUUCCUUUUUAUAAUUAUGUUUCUCACCUUAAAUCCCCUCAAAGAGGUUUUCAGGAGCAACAAAUGUCCCCCAAGCAAGUUCCUUCUACUACUGUGAGGAUCCCAGUUCAAUCAGGCCUCAAAUCCCCAGGGUACAGUGAAGAUUCAGCCCAGACUGGAGCCAUCAAAUCUGGUAUGAUGUCAGAGAAAACAAUGGCCAGUCCCCCAUUGGUUAAAGUGAAAUCAACCGCUUCAUCCUUUGUCCAGAUCAAUCCAGAGCAUCUGAAACUUCUGUUUUCAAGCGCACCAGUUAGACUUGAGAGUGGAAAAAUAUGCUAAGAACCUCAAAUGAUAUUUUUUACAUCUGUAAUAUUUAAUAGACCACUCAGCUCUCGGGUUUAAACUGCUGUAGGCCUAUAACCUAUACCACCAGGCUGGAACCAAAUUUGACUGAGAUUCAAGACCCAGUUUUGAACACUGCAUCCAAUGCAAUUAUAUGAAAGACUAUUUAGCGAGGUUUUGCCCUUUUGCCCCCAAAACAUUUCUUUGGAUUUUAUAGCACUAUCUAUCUUAAAAUUUCCAGCUAAUCUCAUUGUCAUCCCAGUGGUGAUCAGUAUAAAUAAUACUGAUUGAAAUUGAGGUCCAAAAGCAGUGUACCUGCUUGUAUAGGCCAUCUCAUUGCUAUGUUUUAGUGAUUAAGAACAAGAAUUGAAAUAAAGCUUAGAGUUACUUUAGACAGAAAUACACUGAUCUGGACAUCACCAGAAAAUUGAAGAAAGUAAUGUAAAGUUCUCUAUGAUUAUGAUUUUCAAUAUGUAUGCUGGCAGGCAGCAAAAAUUCUAGUUUAACGCUAAUAAGGCUAAUGAGGGUAUUAAAUUUCCUACAGAUUUGUCUGUGUGGGAAAUUUCAUGACAACCGGGAAUUCAGGACUUGCCUCAACUUCCUACUUCCCUCUUCAGACCAUUCGACCUCAACUGUCUGAGGAUAGACAAAAAUAAAUGUUCACAGUAAACAACACACAUUUGGCUUCUCUAUGGAUAUAAAAAUUCUCAAAUAGCAUUUAAAUCACCCAUUAAUUAUAGUAUGGUUUCUGUUUUUCUAAAAAAAAAAAUAGACAUAAGAUCUGAAAGAGAUGAAAAAUUUGUUAAAAAGCAUGCACAAACAUAAUUAACUUUUUGACUGUCCAUUGUAGAAGACAUUGCUUAAACACUUUUGGAACGAAGGGAAGUAUUUCCUUCCUGAAUGCCAUGAAUUGUUCAUAUACCAGACUUGGAUGUCCUCGUGAUGUCAGGCUAAACUUCAUUUCUGUAAUAAUUAUAAUAAAAAUGUUUUUGUGCUUUGUGUUCACUGGGGAAACUGAGCUGGGUACAUGAAGCUUCAUUUAAUAACUGCUCUUGAAGGAUUUUAAAAAUCAGGAAUAAGCUGCCUUAUAACAACAUACUUGAAAAACUGUGACCAUUAAUUUGAAAAAUUUGUAAGAAACACACUUGUGUGCCAAACAAAUAAUUAUUUCUGGCACUGUGGCACAGAAAGAAGUCAGUUCUUUUAUCUUAAUGUAUAAUCAAUUUCUUCUUGUUUAAUUAAUUCACAAUGCUGUUUUUUACACCUCAGGAUAUAACAUGAUGUAGGAAGCUUAUAAGAGCAGCUGAAGCUUAAAAAAGUUAAGAAAUUUGUAAAUAAUUACAUUUUACAUUCAUUUUAAGGAAGCAGAAGUAGAUAGAUUCCUGAAUGAGAAUGCUUUUGUUUUGUUGUUGUUGUAAAUAUCAUAUAUUAUUCAUUUUUUUUUAAAUAAUCAUCAAAUUGUAACUUGAUACCUAUAUAUUUGAACUUUGGUGAUUGUUUUUAUAACAUUAUUUGAUUUCUAUAGUAUUUACAAUAAGUAACGAUGUCCUGUAUUGUACAGUGUCUUGAAUUUUCCUAAACCUGAAAAUAAAGCUCUUUUUAAAUUAA